AUGGCACCACUGAGCGAAAGGCCUUCUAGACUAAGGUCACCGGCUAGGGCGGAAGAUUGCCAGGAUGGACUACAACGGCCACGUGUUCAGGACCAAGGCGAUCCACCUAAUUGGAGGCAUUCGGCUGUGUCGACUCAUCUCCAUACGUUUAAAGGCAUCACCCUUCAAUAUCACCAUCAUUCAUAUGAUGAUGAGGCAGUAGAAGAGUUUUAUGAUCAAUUACAGGAAGUGGUCAAUAAGGUCCCGAAAAAGGACAUCCUUGUUGUACAAGGAGACUGGAAUGCCAAAGUAGGAAGUGACUACUACCAAACCUGGAAAGGCACUUGUGGAAAAUACAGUAACCUCUCAACCAAUGAACGAGGUCAAAGACUUUUAGAAUUUGCGAAAUACAAUAAUCUCUUACUGGCUAACACACUAGGAUGCCACAAAAAAUCGCGUAUAAACACAUGGCGCAGUUCGAACGGAGAGCACCACAACCAGAUCGACUAUAUCAUGGUGCAACAGCGUUUUAAGACAAGCAUCAAUACUGCCAAAACAAGAAGUUUUCCUGGAGCUGACAUUGGAAGCGACCAUGACCUUGUUAUGAUGACCCUUAAAGUACACCUAAAAAAGGUAACAAAACAAGGACCUACCAGGAUAAAAUUAGACUUGGACAAGCUGAAAGACCCCCAAGUAGCUGCCAUAUUCGAGGCACAAGUAGGACGACGCUUUGCAGCCCUCAAUAUCCUGGACUCCAAUGAGCAGGAUAUCGAUACGCAAGUCAAUAUGCUAAACACAGCAGUCACAGAUACAGCCCUGGAAAUAUUAGGGAAGCUCCACCCGCUCAAAAAACCCUGGGUAACAGAGGAUAUACUCCAACUCUGUGACAAGCGACGGGAGCUUAAAGGGAAAAAGCUGUCCGACCCAAAAUAUGUCCACGAAUACAAAAGCGUCAACAAACGGAUUAGAAAGGGAAUGAAAGAAGCGAAGAAAAAGUGGAUAGAGAAUAAGUGUCAAGAAAAGGAACAGGGACUUAAUAGGAACAAUAGCAAAAAAGCGUACCAAUUAGUAAAGGACCCACUACCUCAAAGCAUGGAAGAACCAACACAAUACAAGACAAAAACAACAAAUGCUUAA